UCUUCUUCUUCUUCUUCUUCUUGUUUCGCUGUGUAUAAGUUUUUGUAUCUGUGCAUAAUAGUAACAAGUAUAGCGAUGGAGCAAUUAGAGAAGGAAUCUCUAAGAGAAGCAUCGAAAGAGGUAUCAGAAGAGUUUAAAACCCUAAUCAAUGGAGACGAUUUGGAUUCCCUCAAGCAAUUGCAGCAUCUCAUAUUAGGGAGGUUGCAGGACAGCAAUGCCGUGUUGUCUCAUUUUAAUGAGUAUUCGGAGCAUUGUUUCGCUGAGGUUUCUAGCGAUUUUGCAAGAAAUACUCGUGUCUUGAAGUCUAUGAAGUCUGAUCUUGAUUACAUAUUUCAAAAGUUAAGAAACAUGAAGGCUAAAAUUUUGUCUACCUAUCCGGAUGCAUUUCCAGAUGAAUCCACACAAGAGGUAUUUGAUAGAAGACCUGACCUUGAAAUGCCUCAAUAGCAUUCGUUGUUUCCUGAUGUUAUUGUUCAUGGCAUCCUAAUCAGCAGAAACAAGAGUAAAAAAUUCACAACUUAUUUUACUUUUUGUGGUGGGUGUGUUGAGAGUAUGCAUAAUAUAAAUGUUUGCACAUUAUGCAUUGGUGCAUCGCCUGGACAAUGGUUGCAUAUGUUUAAAACAACUAUGGGAAACGAGAAGGGGAAGCAGAAUCUUAUCCCCACUGUAAAUUUGCAGGUUCCCAUCCCCCCUCCCCCGCCUGGCGAAACUAUCGUGUUGUAUUUUAUCAACCACGUGUUAGCUUUUUCUCAUGUGUUAAUAAAUGAAAUGAAUUGAAGUGGUUGCUGGCA